GCGGCGGCGGCGGCGCUGACCCGACCGCGCCGUCGGCGACUGGCGCGCAGCUCCAGCAAGACGCGUGCGGCAAGAUCAUCAAUAAAAUGAGAGGGAUGCGGCUCUCGGAAAUGGUGGCUUGGGCAGGCUUGCAUCUUGCUUUUUGGAUUCAAUGGCAACACUGAACUUGCCUUCUUGGGGCUAUGGCCUUCGUUACCGAUAUGGCCUGUUCAAGCAGCGCAUCGCCAAGGAAGGACAAGAAGAAAUCGCUGAAGACUGGCUUGACAAGUUUAGCCCAUGGGAGAUUGUCAGGCAUGACGUUGUGUACCCAAUCAGGUUUUUCGGCCAUGUUGAGAUUUCGCCAGAUGGAAGGCGGAAAUGGGCCGCAGGAGAAGUUUUGAACGCUUUAGCCUAUGAUGUGCCAAUUCCUGGGUACAAGACAAAAAAUGCAAUCAGUCUUCGCCUUUGGGAUGCAAAAGCUACUGCUGCGGAUUUCAACUUAUUCCAGUUCAAUGAUGGCCAGUAUGAGUCAGCUGCUCAACUUCACUCGAGGGCACAACAGAUAUGUGCUGUUCUCUAUCCUGGUGAUGCUACAGAAGAAGGAAAGCUUCUGAGAUUAAAGCAACAGUAUUUCCUUUGCAGUGCAUCCCUUCAGGAUAUUAUUUUCAGAUUUAAGGAAAGGAAACCUGACAGAGUUUCAGGGAAGUGGAGUGAGUUCCCUUCCAAAGUUGCUGUUCAAAUGAAUGACACUCACCCGACUCUUGCCAUCCCUGAGCUAAUGAGGUUGCUUAUGGAUGAGGAGGGACUUGGUUGGGAUGAAGCCUGGGAUGUCACAAAUAAGACGGUUGCUUACACCAAUCAUACAGUUCUUCCUGAAGCUCUUGAGAAAUGGUCACAGGCUGUAAUGAGGAAAUUGCUUCCACGUCACAUGGAAAUCAUUGAGGAAAUUGACAAGCGGUUCAGAGAAAUGGUAAUCUCUACCCGGAAGGAUAUGGAGGGAAAGAUCGAAUCGAUGAGGGUUUUAGAUAACAAUCCCCAGAAGCCAGUAGUGCGGAUGGCGAAUUUGUGUGUUGUGGCUGCGCAUACGGUGAAUGGAGUGGCCGAAUUGCACAGCAACAUCUUGAAAGAAGAGCUGUUUGCAGAUUAUCUCUCUAUUUGGCCUAAAAAGUUCCAGAACAAAACUAAUGGAAUUACACCACGUAGAUGGCUCCGCUUUUGCAACCCUGAGCUGAGUGAAAUAGUCACGAAAUGGCUAAAAACAGAUAAGUGGACAAGCAACCUUGAUCUUCUCACUGGGCUUCGGAAAUUCGCAGAUGAUGAAAAACUACAUGCUGAGUGGGCAGCAGCCAAGCUGGCCAGCAAAAAGCGCCUAGCCAAGCAUGUAUUGGAUGUGACAGGAGUCACAAUUGACCCGAACAGCCUUUUCGAUAUACAAAUUAAACGCAUCCAUGAAUACAAGAGACAGCUAUUGAACAUUUUGGGAGCUGUGUACAGAUACAAGAAGUUGAAGGAAAUGAGCGCAGAAGAGAGGCAGAAGGUUACACCGCGCACUGUCAUGAAUGUUAAUCCGGCAAUGGCAUUAGUAGACUGGUGCUAGAUAGCCUUAUUUACAUGUGGGACAUCACUGAAUACAUGGAGAAGUAAACCGAAGUCACAAUUAUGAAAAGGUACAAAUGAGACCAACACAUUCCAACAGAGCUACAAACCUGGUGUGGAAUCAAUGCAUUAUGAGGAACAGAGGUAGUAUUUGCUUACAAAUUAUGCUUGUGAUGCAACACUAUCUGAUCGAAGCAUGAUCACCAUUUGCUUAUGUCAUCCAAACACAGUAUGAAGAAGAUCGUCUAGACUAAACCCAGUGUCUUGUGAGAUUGCGGAAACCUCUUGUGAGGCCUUGCAUACAAACAUUGUUGUGAGUUCCAUGAGUUUGUAUUCCGAUUUCUUCUUUGGAAUCGCGUCAUGCAUCUUUGUCGCAACUUCAGUGAUUUUGUUUUGCAUAGACUUAUAGAAAGGUUUGCUUACAUUCAACAUCUUCUGUAGAGGUAACUCUUCACUUUGAAGGAAGUUUCUUUCUUUUCAGAAAACCAAGGUACUUUAUUUUGAUCCAAAUCCAAUAAUAACCUAUGACCAGUUCCUGUA